ACGGCAGUGGAGCAGUGUGGAGCGAAAACAUGGUUGCAACUCGCAUGAUGAAGUCCCUCUGUCUGCAGUCACUGCCGCCCACCACCCUUCAAGAAAUUGCUUCUAAUCACCACAAGGGUCUUGCAAAGGUUGUCCUGAAAAAGGGGAAGACGCAACUUUUUAGGGAUGGAAGUCCUAUGGUUUAUAGCGGGGCAGUUGAUAGAAUUAUUGGGAGGCCACCACCCAGAACUGGAGAUGUCGUGGUGGUAGCUGAUGGAACAGAGAAACCAAUAGGGUGGGGCUUAUACAAUUCAGUUUCUAUGUUCUGUGUUAGGCUCAUGCAACAAGAAGAGGAAGCAACAAGAGACCCGUCUUGUGCAUUGAACAUGGAGAAACUGCUUGAAACAAGAAUCGAUGCAGCUAUAGAACUACGUAGGAAUUUGGGCCUUCCUUCUGCCAAUACAAAUGCAUACCGUCUUGUGAAUAGUGAAGGAGACAGGUUGUCAGGACUAAUUGUUGAUGUCUUUGGAGAUUUAGCUGUAAUAGCAUCAUCUGCGGCUUGGGUUGAGAAGUACAAGCCUCAAGUAGAGGCUUGCAUUAGUAGAAUUGAUGAAAUUAAUCAUAUAAACUGGAGGCAGUCUGUGGAAAUGUUAAAAGAAGAAGGAUUGGAUUUAACAGAUCUGAAGGGAAUACAUCUGCCUACUUCUCAUCAGAGGGUAAAGGUUAUUGAAAAUGGGAUUUCUUAUGCAAUCUCGCCAGAGGGCCAAAAGACAGGAUUUUAUGCUGAUCAGCGUGAAAACCGUCAUUUUAUAUCAACAAUUUCAGAAGGUCAAAGAGUUCUUGACAUGUGCUGCUAUAGUGGUGGUUUUGCUCUGAAUGCAGUAUGUGGUGGUGCCGUAAAUGUCACUGGGGUUGAUACGUCGAUGCCUGCUCUGGAGCUUGCCAAUGAAAAUAUCAUUCUCAACAACUUGGAUCCAGGGAAAAUAUCAUUUUUGAGACGAGAUGCCACCGAGUUUAUGAAGGAUGCUGUUGCUAGGAAUGAAUCAUGGGAUAUAGUUAUUCUGGAUCCCCCUAAACUAGCACCUCGACGAAAGGUUCUACAAAGCGCAUCCGGCAUGUACAGAAAUCUAAACUCGUUAGCCAUGCAAUUGACGAGGAGAGGCGGUCUUCUCAUGACUUGUUCUUGCUCAGGAGCAAUGACCCAAAGUGGAACAUUCAUGCGUAUUCUUCAGGCAACUGCAUCAAUGGCUGGAAGGAAAAUCACCCUUCUACGGCAGGCAGGAGCAGCUUGUGACCAUCCUAUUGAUCCAUCCUACCCAGAAGGGGCAUACCUUUCCAACAUUCUUUUUAGGGUACUCUGAAACUUGUCAUCAUGAAUGAAUAUGAAUAUGAAUAUGAAAACAAACACAAGUUUUGAUACAGACAUUGAAGAAAAAUGGGAAGCCAUUAGAGUUUAUGAUAAUAACCAGUUCUUGUA